AAACUAAUUUGCAGCGCGAGGGCGGUCGUGCGGAGUAGUGAAAGUAAAGUGCCGCGUUAUCAUCGGAGUUCUUCUUCAUACUUGUCGCGUCUACGUGAUAAACGAGAGAUCUUGAUCUCUCGAAUGAUCGACAAAUGGAUAAGAGUAAAGACGAGCUGCUGUCAAUCCUAAGUAACGACGAUUGCCUUGGGCCGAUUCACGUGGAGGACUCGACCGAGCUGAUCGCGAUCACGAGGGAGAAGAUCUGACGUGGAACGAGAGAGGGAACUCUUUGGUAAGAGUCAACAUGUCGUCGACGAUGGCACAAGAGACGACGAUAUCGGAUCUCACGGAACUAGACAGCGACGGAGGCUCGAGUUCGGAGGAACGAGAUUUGAGAAAACGUCUUCGCGGAGACGCUGAUUUUGCUGGACCGAAGAAGAGACGAAAGCAAACGACACCGGUAAGAUUUUCAUCGUCCUUGAUGAACGAACUACAGGAGGAGUCGAACGAAGACGAGGAGGAUGAUGAUGAUGAGGAGGAGGAGGAAGAGGAAGAGGAGGAAGGAGAAUUGGACGUUGACAGCGAAGGUAAGCUGUCUUCGAGAUCACCGAGUCGUCAUCAUCACCACCUUCAUCAUCAUCAUCACCAUCUUCAUCAUCAUCAUCAUCCUUCGAUAAAAGAUGAAAAUCUAAACAACGAAUUUCGUUGUCAGUAUUGCGGUCAAUUUCUCGAUAGCAAGGAAACGUUGAACGUACAUUUGGAUAACGAGCACGGUGCGGCGACUAAUCAAACGACUAAUCAUCUAUUGCAAAACAGAUCAUCCUCGGCCGUGAUAAAAUUGGAAGGAUCGAACGAUCAUCAAUCGGAGAGUCCCGUUAAUCUAUUGACCGUAAAAAAUUUCGCAUCUUCCUGGUUGAAUCAGCAACAACAACAAAACGUCCAAUCGCAAACGCAUAUACAAUCGCAAAACGACGAGCCAUGGCCAGGGCCAUCGAGUCAAUUGGCAAUGAGCAAUCAUUUGCAAGCGUUAACUGGAUUCCCAGGUGCUCUGGGUUCGUAUCUUCCUUUACCGACAUUUCCAUUGCAUGCCGAUCCAACGCAUAUCCCAAGAACGUCCAUACCUUCCGCACCCGUUAGGAUCUUUAAUCCUGAGGCUUAUUGCGAUUUAUGCAACAAAGAAUUUUGUAACAAGUAUUUCUUAAAAACGCACAAGGCCAACAAGCACGGUAUUUACGUUGAUUCGCCAGGACCUAAUACGACCAACGAUAAUAAUAGUGCCAACGUCCUUCCAUCGCAAAUAUUCCCGAGCGGUGGUUUUACAAGUACGUCGAUUAAAUUGGAACCGCCGGCUACGCCGCCGAUGCCAAGCGUUCCGUGCGACGUAUGUCAAAAACGUUUCAAGAACGACGAAUCGAUGAGAAAGCACAAGCAAAAGAUUCACAACGAGUCGAUCGAGCAAACGGCCGAUCAAUCUUUGCCUGCUUCGCAAAGCGAAGACGACAGGGAGACACCGCGCAGUAGUCCUGGCGGCAUAGAGACCCUGUUCAAGCAAGAAUUUGGCAUCGAGCAAGAGGAUACGACGUUUAUGCCAGCACCUAGACACCUCUCACCUCAAUCGAUCCAACAAGCUCGAGACUCGGGAUUCAAUGCCGAUCGUCUUCGUCGUUUAGGCGUUAUCAAUCCCGAAGCAUUCUGCGAGAUUUGUUGCAAGGAAUAUUGCAACAAAUAUUUCCUUCGUACGCACAAAAUGAAGAGACACGGUAUAAUCGUACAUGACAACGAAAAAUCACCUAGCAAUCCUGCGGCGGCGCUCACCUGGCAUCAAGUACAAACUAGUCCCCUUAAUUUGAUAGUGGCCGAGUCUGGCAAUGGAUCGGAAUCGAACGAUCGUACAAACGACGAUUACGAGUGUAAACCUUGCGGCAUACGUUUUCAAACGGUCGGUCUUUAUCAGGCACAUUCUAGGAAAAUCCAUGAAAACGAGGAACAACAAUCGCCGAAACAAGAAUUCGAUCAGGACACGUCCGACCAACGUACCGAUUCCAUUUCCGAAGAUCUUCAAAAACUUCAGACGAUGAUCCUGCAAUUGAAUGGUUUGGAAUCUAACAUAGGAAAGGGAUUACAAUCCUGUAACAUAUGCGGGAGAGAGUGCGAAUCUAGAACAUCUUUGCGAAUUCACAUGGCGACCGAGCAUUCUCACGUCACGGAGAAUCCGUCGCAAUCGCCGAUUCAAGAUAAAUCAUGCGAAUCAGGAAAUACAACGAUCGUAGCUUUUUGUACACUUUGCGAGAAGGAUUAUGUAAGUCAAGAAGCUUUGAAGAAACAUAUUGUCGAGGAACAUCAGGCAACGAUACCAAAUCCAUUGUCGCAAGUACCUCCUCCUCCUCCUGCUAUUGGUUCUACCGUUAUUAAUACGAAUACUUUGAUCAAUUCUACAUCGAGUAUCAUGACGAUACCAACGAGCGGCAAUCAAACGCAAACGGAAAAAAAGAUCACCUCGAUGACGCCAACCUCGAGUUAUUGCGAAAUUUGUAACAAAGAAUUGUGUAAUAAAUAUUUCAUGAAGACCCAUAUGCAAAGGAUGCAUGGAAUAGAAAUAGAAAAUGGCGCUCAAAUUGGUGGUGUUAUAUGUAACAUCUGUAACAAGGAACUCUGUAGUAAAUAUUUCUUAAGAGUUCACAAACAUAAUACGCAUGGUAUCGUCGACGAAAAUGCUACUACCUCGUCCUCGGCCAAACAGGAGGCUUACGAUGCCUCGAGCUCCGAGGAUUCGGCUUUGAAGCCGGAACAAUUGGGUGACCUAAGUCAUCGAUAUUUUACACAUUUCACCGAGGUCUGUCCGAUUUGUAGCCGUAGGUUUCGCAGUAUCAAAUGGCUCAAGGCACAUCUGUUGGGAGAUCAUGGAAAAAUCGGUAUCGAUAAGUGGCGCGAUAUGGAACAACAAUAUCAAGCCACAACGAGGAACGCUAAUAGAUCUGGUAAUAAUAAUUCGAAAAAUGUUCAACAAGUUUCGAAUCUUAAAAUACCGAAUGGCUACGAACUGAGCCAACAAAAUAAGACGACCGAUUUAACCAGUAACAUUGGUAAUCAAGUAUUGUCGAAUUUAUUUGGUUCUACCUCGGACGAUCAACAAAUGAAAAAUUAUCGUUGCAGUUAUUGCAAUUUUUCGACGACAAUUUUACCAUUUUUAUUCCUACACGAGAGAUCCCACGUUAACACUCAAGAAAGCAUAGACACCGACAAUACUCUCCAAUGUCCAAUAUGUUCUCAAGGAUUCCAUCAGCCUGAACAAUUGCACCAACAUUUGCUAACCAGACAUCAAUUUCCGGCACUGCUAACGCAGUUUCAAACGCCCAUACUUGGAAAUCAAAACAUUGAUCAGGAAAAGGUUAGUAACGAUCCGAAGGAUUUGAGAUCGGAGGAAUCGAAGGACGAUAAUGUAAACAGGAAUCAGAUUAAUCCAACGAUGAGUCAGAAUCUUGUCCCCGUCCCCGAACAAAUAAGAAAUCAAAGAAAUCAAGAGGACAAUGCCGUACAGGUGACUCCCCAUGGUGCUUACAAGUGUGCUCAAUGCGGAUACGCGACUACGAAUCUUAACAGAAUUAAAAAACACGUUAGAAAGGAUCACACUGCGAUCGGUGAUCCAACGGACAGCGUAAUAGCCGAACUUAGCAAAACUUUGAAGGACGUUGCUAAUAGGCACAAAUUGCCAGCCUGUUAUGCAAUGCCACAGGAUAUCAACGUCGGUGAUAAAACAAUAAUGCAACCGUUCCUGAUAGACGAACAACAGGAUCCAUCGUUGCAUAACAGCGACGAAUCCAAUUCGGAAAAACGAUUUAUGCCAGCUCUCGUUUAUCUACCUGUUAAAUCACGAAUUAGCAGUGCACUGACCGCGUCCUUCACUCUCACACCUGCCUAAGAGGAAAGAAAAAGAAAAUGAAAAAGGAGUAUCUGACUCCUUCCUAUCUAACAAAUGUCUAAGAAAGAGAAGAGGAAGAAGGAUGCAAUUAGUUCUCUGCGCCUGCGAUCUGAAGCACGUGGUAUCGGUUCCUAUCUACUACUACUACUACUACACUACUACUACUACUACUACUACUACUACUACUACUACUACUACUACUACCAAGUAAGACGACAUCGAAGAUGUUGAGAUUUUUAUAUCAAAUACUUUUUAAUAAUAGCUCUGAUCUGCCUUUCAUGAAGUUUUUAUAUAGUACAUCCGUUUAUAUUACUCUGUUGUUUUACUUUUUCUUUUUUUUCUCUCUCUCUUUCUCUCUCUUUUUCUUUUGCAUUUCUUUUUUACUUUUUUCUUUUUCUUUUUCUUUUUU